AUGAACUAUCCCUUCUACGAAUACUCUAGUAAGAAUAAGUUUCUGGCCCCUCCUCCCCCACCAUUGGCCUUGGGACAAGCUGCACCAGCUUCUUCUGGUUCAUCAGGUUCCAAUUCAUCUGCACCCACAGCAAAUGUCCCUUCAUAUGUCACAUACUAUCCCAACGGAACCCAGAUGGCUCCUACAGCUUCAAGCCAACAAAAUGGGUAUCUAAAUGCGACUACUGCCGCUGCUCCAAACUCACAAUCACUGUUUAGUAACGCACAAUAUAUGCAAUUCCAACAACAGUACUCUCCAGAUGCCUCCCAGCAGCUGCUUCCCCAACAACAACAACAACAACAACAACAGCAGUACCUUUACCAACAGCAGCAAGAACGUCUCCUACAACAGCAGCAUCAUCAAAACCAACAGCAACAACAACAGCAGCAGCAACAACAUCAACAAUACCAACAGCCGGCAUCACCAUUUCCCCAACCCAACAAUCCAAAUUUGGCACAAACAGCCCCACUCCCUGAUCAAAACACUACAGGCGCAUUGAUUGCACCCUUGGGCCCACCAUCAGGUCAAUACAUUCAUUUUCAAACGUUGCCAUUCCAGUACAGUAAUGGCGCCAAUAACAGUUCCAACAGAGGCUCGUUCCCUCAGCCUUUAUAUGACAGAUAUUAUCAUCAACAGGCUCAACCUGUUCAACAGCAGCAGCAACAACAACAACAACAGCAACAACAACAACAACAGCAACAACAACAACAACAACAACAACCACAGCAACAGCAACAGCAACAGCGAAUACUGACACUGACACUGCUGGCUCUAUCAAAUGGAGCUACUGCGCUGCCACUGAGCUAUCACAUUGAAAGCCCCUCCGAGGCCACCAAGAGAUAUGCAUCGGCGUACGAUGGAACUUAUCAAUCUGGGGAACACCAACAGCCCCAUACAUAUCCACCCACUAGAACCGGAUCGAACGACUUACUGAAUUCGAUGAACGGGUUCCAGGAAGCCUUGACAGGCAACGGCAAGCCUAGGCCCAUCUCUAGUGCACCUCCAAACAUAGACUACUCCUCCAUUGUAAGAUAUUCCAACGCCGAUUCCUUAAAGCGGAAACGGAGGUCUAAGUUGAAAUCUCAGGAGAAGUUUAAUAUGAUAAACUCCGAGAAUGCUGGCGAUUCUAGUGCCCUCUCUGAGUCUGGAGAGAUACAUAAGUGUAAGAUAUGUGAUAAAGUAUUCCCCAGACCUUACAAUUUGAAGUCGCACAUGAAGACCCAUUCUACAGAUAAGCCAUUCAAAUGUUCUGUCUGUAAUAAGGAGUUUGCCAGAUCACACGAUAAGAAACGUCAUGAGCUUCUUCAUGGAGGUUUAAAGAAAUUUAAAUGUGGAGGUUCUUUACGAGACGGAGUUACCAAAUGGGGUUGCGGAAAGAGAUUUGCUAGAAGUGAUGCUCUUUCCAGACAUUUUAGAACCGAAACAGGUUGGCUUUGUAUCAAGCCAUUGAUGGAUGAAGCAAAGCGUAUGGAUGCCAUCAAAAACGGGUCUCUUACUUGGAAUCCUAAGACAACUCAGAUGCCUGAAGUUGUUUCAGCAAUUAAUGCUGCCACUCAAGAAGUUGGUGCUGCCAAUGGUGAACUUCCUGGAAUCGGUAUGAACUCAAUGUCUUUCCAAGGUCAUGAGUAA